AACCUGCCAAAAACAAUCUCUCCAACGCACUCUUAUUUUUCAAUGAAUUUAAGUUCUAUCAAAUUUUAUCCAAAACCAUCAUGAGCAUCACUAACUCCACAACCCUCCUCCGUGCCCACAACAUCGCCACCACCACUUCACCCCAUAACCACCACACCAAACUCUUGCUUCCAGUAACCAGAGCUUUAUCUUCACCUCAAGAAUGUCAAAAUGUGACCAACCGGAGAAAGAUUGUGACAACAUUGUUAGCAACUUCACUGGCACUUGGGGUGCAGGGCGUUGGCAUUGGCACUGGCAUUCCUCUUGCACUAGCUGAGAAUUGGGGAACUCGUUCGUUUAUAAGGGAGAGAUUUUUCGAACCAGGGCUAUCACCGGAAGAUGCAGUGGCAAGAAUCAAGCAGACGACGGAGGGGCUGCAUAGCAUGAGAGAGAUGCUAGACCGCAUGGCGUGGGGGUAUGUCAUAAAGUAUAUUCGGUUGAAGUCAGCUUAUCUAUCUCAGGAUUUGAAGAACGCCAUGACUACGUUGCCACAGGGGGCCAGGAAGGAGUAUGUCAAAACAGCCAAUGAAUUGGUUGAUAACAUCGCUGAGUUUGACUAUUAUGUACGUACGCCAAAGGUAUACGAAUCAUACCUAUACUACGAGAAGACAUUGAAGAAUUUAGAUGAUAUUGUGGCAAUGUUCACGUAGUAUGGAAGGCCGCUCACGAUGAACCUUUAUCUGGAUCUUGACAACCAUAUUUUUAUUUUCUCGUUUUCUAUUUUUAA